CGCGACCGGAAACAUAGAAAUAAGCGGAAGUGUGACGUCAGUAGUCAACAAUAAAGUACGAGUUCAUCAUGCCUGAAUCCGAUGUUUACUCCAAUCCUCUGGCUCCGGAUGGCCAUGAGGUGGAGGAUCACCGCUCAGCGCUGCAAGCCAAGCUGACCAACGAUGACUUCAGGAGGCUUCUGAUGACCCCGAGAUCUGCGCCGUCCUCAGCUCCACCCUCCAAAACACGCCACCAUGAGAUGCCACGGGAAUAUAACGAGGAUGAGGAUCCUGCAGCUCGCAGGCGUAAGAAAAAAAGUUACUACGCUAAGCUGCGGCAGCAGGAGAUGGAGCGAGAGCGCGAGCUGGCGGAGAAAUACCGUGACCGUGCUCGAGAAAGACGUGACGGUGUUAAUAAAGACUACGAGGAGACGGAGCUCAUCAGCACCACGGCCAACUAUCGAGCCGUGGGACCCACUGCGGAGGCGGACAAAUCGGCAGCAGAGAAAAGGCGUCAGCUGAUCCAGGAGUCUAAGUUCUUGGGGGGUGAUAUGGAGCACACUCACUUGGUGAAGGGUUUGGAUUUCGCCCUGCUACAGAAGGUCAGAGCCGAAAUCACUAAUAAGGAGCGGGAAGAGGAGGACAUGAUUGAGAAAGUGCAGAAGGAAGUCAAGAAAGAUGAAGAUCCAGAGCAGAAGAUUGAGUUCAAGACGCGUCUGGGACGGAACAUCUAUCGUAUCCUGUUCAAGGGUCGUCAGAUGGAGCGUAACGAGCUUUUCCUGCCGGGCCGCAUGGCGUAUGUGGUGGACCUGGAAGACGAGUAUGCAGACACGGACAUCCCAACCACUCUCAUCCGCAGCAAAGCCGACUGCCCCACCAUGGAGGCUCAGACGACGCUCACCACCAAUGACAUAGUGAUCAGCAAACUGACGCAGAUCCUGUCGUACCUGAGGCAGGGCACCCGCAACAAGAAACUCAAGAAGAAGGACAAAGGGCGUCUGGAUGAGAAGAAGGCGCCAGAGGCUGACUUGAGCAUCUUUGACGACAUCGGUGACUACACACCUUCCACCUCUAAGAGCAUCAGAGACAAAGAGAAAGAGCGCUACCGUGAGCGAGAGAGGGAGAAAGAGAAAGAGCGAGAGAGGGAGCGGGAGAGAGAGAGAGAGCGAGAUCGAGAUGAAGAGAAAAGACGACACAGUUACUUCGAGAAGCCCCGAGCUGAUGACGAGGCCAUGGACAUUGAUAAAGGUCCAGGCUCUGUGAAGGACCAGAUCAAGCUGAUCAAUGAGAAGUUUGCUGGAGCCGCUCAUUUGCAGGGCCAGGAAGCUGGAAGCAGACGUGAAGAGAAGAAGCAUCUUGGGGAUUUCUUUGGGAUGUCAAACAGUUACGCCGAAUGCUACCCUGCCACAAUGGAUGAUCUGGCUGUGGACAGUGAUGAAGAGGUGGACUACAGCAAGAUGGACCAGGGUAAUAAGAAGGGUCCUUUGGGCCGCUGGGACUUCGACACGCAAGAGGAGUACAGCGACUACAUGAACAAGAAGGAGGCACUUCCCAAGGCUGCCUUCCAGUACGGCAUCAAAAUGUCUGAGGGCCGAAAGACUCGUCGCUUUAAAGAAACCAACGAGAAGGCUGAGUUAGACCGACAGUGGAAGAAAAUCAGCGCUGUGAGUUUACAGGCUCUCAUCUGCAACUGA